AUGUUAUUUGAGGAAACUGAGUUCUGGUGGGAGAAAACACGCCAAGGAUUGGAGGUCGCCGGUACUGCUAUUAAUUGGGAUAAUUUUAAGAAAGAGUUUUUGGACAAGUAUUUUCCAUCAAAUAUUUGUAAGUGUAAGGAGAUUGAAUUCUUGGAGCUAAAGCAAGGUAACAUGUCUGUGGAUGACUAUGCAGCCAAGUUUCAAGAGUUGUCUCGGGUUAGUCUUCAUUGUAAUGGUGUCAACACUGAGGGUUCCAAGUUUGAAAGUGGUAUGCACCAUGAGAUUAAGAAGUUUAUUAGAUAUCAGGAGAUUCUCCGUUUCUCGGUGUUGGUCAACAAGUUCAUGAUUUAUAAUGAAGAUAGUAGAACAUGA